CGCGUAUAUAAUAGCACGUAUUGUGUAGUUACAUUUAUCAUAUAUUGCAUAGUCUCGCACUAUAUAACCUUGAGUUAUAUAGUUUCACAUUAUAUCAACACGUGUUGUAAUCUGAUAUUGAUUACGAACAUAAAUAUGUAAACAACAUUUUAAAUUUACCGCUGUUUGAAGUCGAAGUCGAAAUCGAAGUCAAAGUCGAAUCAUGAAUCGAACCAUUCGAUAAAAGAUAAUCGAUAAUGAAUGAUCUCGGAGCACCUUUCACGAGAUAGGUUCCUAUCUGUGAACUACGCUUUGUACUUGAUUUGUCAAUAAUCGAGGAUAAAGUUAAAUGCCGGAUUAAUUUGUUCGGCAUAAUUUAAAUAAGUUUAAAAAGGAAAAAGAGGAGUCCAGGAACAAUGUGGCGUGUCCCGAAAUUGGCUCUUCGGGCCGAAGCCUUCCUUGUUCGGAUGAAAGUAUUAAUACUGAAGAUUGAGACGGUUUAACCGCAGAAUACUUUUCUCGAGUACUUCUCAGUACUUUUCCAAACAAUUGAACGUCUUCUCCAGGGCUGGAAAUCUUGCUGUUAAUUUGUUUUUUCAAAAAUGGCAUCACAGAGUCAAAAUGAUACGAACGUAAGUUCAACUAUUUCACCGGCUAAUGGAUCGUCCGGAUCAUCGACGACCAUCUCGGUCUGCACUACGAAGAUGCAGUCACUGGAUUCCAUGCCAUCCUCACAACCUUAUCAACAACAUUCAUCGCCAUCGUUGUCACCGUCACCAUCACCGUCGCCGUCGCCGUCACCGAUGCAACAGCACCACCAACAGACUCUGCAACCCAGCAAUGUAGAGGCAAUUGACAAAAAUUCUUCCAAUACAUUAAAACGUAAUCCAAAAAUGGAACUAAGCAAAACUGAUUUAUUAAAAUUGUUAGGACAUCUUGAAGGAGAAUUGCAGGCAAGGGAUAUUGUAAUAGCAGUAUUAAAGUCAGAGAAAUUGAAACACCUGUUAAGUACUAAAUACUUGAGUGGAACUUUAGAUCCACAUGCUGCGCUUGCUCGUGAUGUAGUAUUAGUAGGGGGUGUAAGUGAGCAUGAACCAAAUCAAAUAGAUAAACAAGUUGCUACUUUAGAAGCACUUGUAACCCAACAAAGACGUAUGCAGUCUAAGAUGACCAAAAUUCUUAAGGAAGCUGAACUUAGACAUAGAGCAGUUAUCAAAGAAUUGGAGGAAGAAAAACGGAAACAUGAACAUGAUACUGCUCAGGGUGAUGAUAUUACUUAUGGAUUGGAAAAAGAAAGGACUCGCUUGAAAAAGGAAUUAGAAUUAGAGAAACAAGAAAAAAAAAGACUGGAAUUAGAAUUAAAGAAAGCAGGGGAAAUUUUAGAAGAAGAAAAAACAAGACAAAAACAAAUAGUACUUCUUCUACUAGCUGAACGUAAAAAAAUAAUUAUGAAAUAUAUAGAAGAAAGAAAGAGAUCUGAAGAUUUAGCACAGAUUUUAAGCGAAGAAAAAGUACGGGUAGAUUCUAUGGCUGAAGGAUUGGAAGAAGAAAGUAAGAAAUCAUUACAGAUGGAGGCAGAAUUGGAGAAACAGCUUGCACAAUUUGAUAUGGAAAGACAGCAAUAUAGACAAGCUUUAGCAAAAGAGGAAAAAAGAGUUAAAGAUCUCGAGUUAGAAUUAGAUAAACUUAAAAGUGAAAUGGACGUGUGGAAAGAGACUCAAAUACGAGGAUCUCCUAGAGGAGUGGGCACAAUUCCACCACCUCCUCCAGCCAAACCAGCUAACUUAGUUGCUAUGCCUACAGUUAGGCCUGCUAGUGCUCCACAGACAAUUAGAAGCACAGUGCUGGGCACUGAGACACCAAUGGUUAGUAGUAAAGUCGUUCAACCCACUGCCACGGUAUCUAGUGUUCCUGUCAGCGGUCCAACUACUGGGAUUGCUAGGUCAGUAACUCCUGGACAAGCAUUACGCGGAGUCUCAUACACGUCCAAUAUCACGUCUUCUAGUGGAGAAAGUGCGGCUACUUCUGAAACCCAGGUAAAUUAUCCUCAUUUUCCUCCUCAUUCUACUUUAAUCUAGGGAUAUUAUACGUUACAUAUUUAUGCAUACAUUUAUUGUAAAGACUUUUUUUCAUAAUAUAGCUUUAAUAAUAUUAAAAUUUCUUGUAUGUAUUAUUUUCGAUAUUUUAUGUUGACUUUUAAUAUAUUAUCGUUUUAUGCACCAAAUUUAUACACGCACUUUAGAAAGGGUUUUAAUAAUAAUUAUGUUUAGACGAAAAAGUAAAAUAAUAGUUGGAUAAUGUACACAGAUAUAUUUUUAAUAAUUGUAUUAUAUAAAAAUUGAUAGAACUUAUUUUAGAUACAACUUUCUUAAACAUAAAAUUUGUUUAAAAAAUAGUAAAACUGUAUAUUGACGUACUGCUUAACGAAUUGGCAGUAACUUCUGUCUCUUUUUAAAGCUACCAAGAUAUACAUAAUAGAAGUGAAUUAUGUAGGAUUUCCAUUAUGUUUAAACAUACCUAUUGAAAUAAUCAUACAAACGGUACUUUGAACGUGUUGCAGAUUAUUUGUUAUCAUAAGUGUUUUAUAAAUAAAAAAAAUAUUGGAAAAUUUUAUUAGACGAAGCGGUACUGUUUGAUACUUUAUAUACGCAUUAUAAUCAUAUAAGAUCUUCUAGUCUUAUAUUUUAUUAAACAUUGAAUGCUACAUAGAAUAUUCUUAUUGCAUAAUUGUUGCAUGAUAAUAAUAAAUAUAAAUACAUUGCAUUAUCUCUUUUUUAGUAAGCACAAUUAUCGUGCAUUUUUUAACUUUUCUUACUAUUUUUAAUAGAUUAAUAUAACAAAGAGAAACUGCUUUGGGGUAAAACUGGUUUCUUCUUUAUUUUAAUACGCGGGUAUGUUAUCGAUUAUACUUGUUGUAAUAAUACAUCGGAUACAAUAGGUAUAAUCGUUCAGCUAGAAAGAAAAAAUCGAUGUAUAUAUUUCAAAAUGAUAGUACAUUAUAAUCAUAAAAUACGUUCUAUA